CUGAUAGGGGAAGGUUUCGACACCCUUAUAAAUGGUGGUUUGUUCUCCUUCCCAACCAAUGUGGGACAUCACAUCUUAUCCUUGAGGAAGGGAGGUAAUUCUGGGAUAGCCAUGCUUAGUAAGCGUCUAUACGUAACAUAGCAAAGCGGAUAAUGUCUAUUAGCGGUAGACUUAGACGGUUACAAAUGGUAUGACACCGAGCGGUGUGCCAGCAAGAACGUUGGGCCGGUGGAUUAUGAGAUCCCACAUCAAAACAUUUCUUGAGGAGGAGUCUGAAAGGAAAAGCCAAGAUAUGGGACGAACAAGAAAAUUUCUUAGUUUUUAUCAGCAGUUGAAUGAAUCCACUGUUUUGAACCACCUCUCUCUUUUCACCCGAUUCCCUUAACUUCGAUGCAAACAAGUUACAGACCUUGGAAGUUUCUGACUGUUUCGUAUAUUUAUUCUCCAUUGAUCUUCAUUGUUCAAUUCCCCUGCCUUCACUUCAAACUCCUUCCCUUUUAUCCAUAUGGGGUCUCUUUCAAUUGCCUCCACCUCGCCAUCUUGGCCGCCGGCCGGAAACCCACCGGCCAUUUUCAAGAUCUGUGUAUCUUAUUGCGGCAAAGAUGCUUCACAGGGCACCAACAUCUCAAACUGGAUCGAUUGUUACGACCCACAAGAAAAUUCAUGGAACAGAGUUACUACAAUCCCUGGACUUUUGAAAAACUAUGCUCUUAAAGGCUUUUCAAUGGUUUCGAUCGGAGAUUGCAUAUACGUCAUCGGCGGUCGCCUCUGCGAGAAAAUGACAUCGGCUGUCAACCGGAGAACCAGAAGCGAGCUGGAAGUCCGGCGACAGGUUUUGCGGUACAACGUGAGUGAAGAUAUGUGGUACGAUUGCGCGCCGCUCAUCAUCCCUCGAUUCGAUUUUGCCUGCGCCGUCAUUGGCGACAAGAUUUACGUCGCCGGCGGGAAAUGUCAGCUCGACAGCGCUACCGGAAUGUCGUCUGCAGAAGUUUAUGACCCGACGGUGGACGAAUGGCAAUCGUUGCCGGAGAUGAGUGCUUGCCGCCACAAAUGUGUCGGAGUUUCGUGGCAGGGGAAAUUCCAUGUCAUUGGUGGAUUUGCCGGUAACAGUGAUUACAUCGGCAAUAUGGAGAGGAGUUCUGUUGAGGUGUACAAUGGUGAUGGUUCCCGGUGGGAUCUGAUCAUCGGAAUGUGGCAAUUGGACGUUCCGCCGUAUCAGAUCAUCGCCGUCGACGAGAAGUUGUUCAGCUCCGGCGACUGUCUCAAUACAUGGAAGGGACAGAUCGAAGAGUAUGAUUGGAAUUUGAAUAUUUGGAGUGAGGUCGAUGGAUCUCGAUGUGAGGCUCUGUCGGCGACCAAUUUUGUCACGAUGGCGGCAGUCGGUGCUUACCUGUACUUUAUUGCUGGGCGAAGGAUGCCAAAUCAGCCUUCUAAGAUGACUUCGGUUGUCCACGUGUUUGACACAUCAGCGAAUGGUGACGCGUGGACAAGAAUGGAGCCCGUGGAAGAGGAGGGAGUAAAGGAGCUUUGUAGCCAUUGCUGCGUGGUAAUUUUAAGAGAAUAAUUAGGAGAAAAAAAAUUAUAUUAUAAAUAUUUUCAAAAUUUUAAGAUUAAUAUUAUAAAUUAGACUAAAU